CAUUUCUCCUCCAUUCCUUUCAAUCCCUACCAUCAACUCUUUUCUAUUCUAAUUAAUGUUCUUUCUUUCUUUUUUUUUAUUUUUCUCUCAUCAACUUUCCAAUUUAGCUUCAUCCUUAAUCAUACCAAUUACCCAACCUUUCUAACAAUUUUAAGGCUCUUUGUUCUUUUUUGGAAAUAUAGAUUAGUGGAUUGUUAAUUAGAUUUCCAAAACUGUAGAUCUAUACUACGACUUGUUUAGAUUUUAAUAUGUUUGUAAAUGAAUACUUUUGUAUAUAUAUGAAAAUAUUUUUAUUAUUAUUGUGUUUGUUCUUGUAGGAUUUUUACAAAAGAAUUCUUAAAUUUACCUAAUGUUUUUUCAAUAUUACAAAAUGAAUACGACUGUUGAUGUAAGUAUUGGUCAAUCACGAAUAAAUCAUAAAAGUAUAUCUAUCGUUUACGUAAACUUAAUUUUUAUUCUUAAAAUUAGUUAUGAAAUUUAAAAGAUAAUUAUUGAGUUUAAAAUCAGUUGAAAGGGGGAGUCGUUUUCCCAUACUUUUUAUCUAUCUGCCGCUGCACAAACCUUAAACAAUCCGUUUUCUCAUUUGCCCAAUUAGAGUUCUGUGUUUCCAAUUAUGGAGUUUUCUUUCUCAUUUUUUCCAGUUUUUCUCCAUAUUUUGGUGUUACUAUCUCCUUUAAUUGCUUCUAAUACCCAUGUUCCACUUCAAGAAGUUUCAAAUCCAAAAUCAUUCUCAAAAGAUUUCCUUUUUGGAACUGCUUCUUCUGCUUAUCAGUUUGAAGGAGCCUUCUUGAGUGAUGGUAAAGGUCUUAGCAACUGGGAUGUUUUUACUCACGAGCCUGGAACUAUCAAGGAUGGAACAAAUGGAGAUGUUGCUGUUGAUCAGUAUCAUCUUUAUCAAGAGGAUCUUGAUCUUAUGGAGUUCAUUGGAGUGAACAGCUAUCGAUUCUCUAUCUCAUGGGCAAGAAUACUACCUGAAGGAAGGUUUGGUGAGGUGAACCGUGCUGGGAUUGAUCAUUACAACAAGCUCAUUGAUUCUCUUCUCAAAAGAGGGAUAGAACCAUUUGUGACAUUGACUCACUAUGACAUCCCUCAGAAACUUGAAGAUAAAUAUGGAGCCUGGUUGAGUCCCCUAGUCCAAGAGGAUUUCAGAUAUUAUGCAGAUAUUUGCUUUAAGUCAUUUGGAAAUCGAGUCAAGUACUGGGUUACCUUCAAUGAGCCAAAUGUUCAGGUUAUUCGUGGCUACAGAAAAGGGACUUUCCCUCCAUCCCGUUGCUCGAGCUCAUUUGGCAAUUGCAGCAGCGGAGACUCGGAAAGAGAACCCUUUGUAGCUGCCCACAAUAUUAUUCUAUCCCAUGCUGCUGCGGUCAACACUUACCGGUCCAAAUAUCAGGCCAAACAAGGAGGUCUAAUCGGAAUAGUUAUCAAUGCUGUGUGGUUUGAGCCUAUAAGCGACUCAUUUAAAGACAUAUUAGCAAGUGAAAGAGCACUCUCUUUCUAUAUGAACUGGUUCCUGGACCCAAUUGUAUUUGGAAACUAUCCAGCAGUAAUGGAAGAAAUUCUGGGACUUGACUUGCCUAACUUUUCAACUGAAGAUCAAAAGAAGUUGAAGAAUGGAGCUGAUUUUAUUGGUAUUAAUCACUAUACCAGUUACUAUGCAAAAGAUUGCCUUCAUUCUUCCUGUGAACCAGGACAGGGGUCAUCUAAGAUAGAAGGUUUUGUUUUCUGGACCCCGAUGAAGGAAGAAAUCUUAAUAGGAGAACCUACUGAAAUUUCAUGGAUAUAUGUCAAUCCUCAAGGAAUGAACAAGAUGGUUACAUACAUAAAGGAGAGAUACAAUGUACCCAUAUUUGUAACAGAAAAUGGUUAUGGGCAGAAGAACAAGCCCAAUAAUCAAACUGAAGAUUUACUCGAUGAUACCGGAAGAAUAGAUUACAUGAGAAGUUACCUUGGUGCUUUGGAAACAUCAAUGAGAGAAGGAGCCGAUGUGAGAGGGUACUUUGCCUGGUCUUUGCUGGAUAACUUUGAAUGGAUGAAUGGAUAUACUGAAAGGUUUGGGCUUUGCCAUGUAGACUAUACAACUCUGAAGAGAACACCCAAGCUAUCAACCUUUUGGUACAAAAAUUUCAUUGCUCAACUUUUGAUGAGCAACAACGUCAGUGCAAUUGUGUCCAAGAAAGUGAUCUAAGCAAGCAGCGCCCCUAUACCAUAUGAGAAUUGUCAAUGUAAAUGCUUGUACACGACUGAUUUAAUAAUUGAAUGCUGUUAGCUUCGAUUAUUAACUUUCUAAGCUGGCUAUAGAUGUAGAUGGUUUUGAUAUAUUUGUAAACAAAAGACUGGAUUUUAAAGCAAAACAAAAUAAAGAGCAUAUUUCUCAA